CAGAUCUCAGCUCCAACUAAAGUCUCCACUAUUAGAAAAAAACAAACUCCCCACGCCAGACCGUGCAACGCCUACCCUGGCUGGACCUGAUACUUAGCCUCGGCCGCUAAGAGUUGUAGAUUCCCCGGUCUCUCUAAUUUUUUUUUAAUUAUUCGAUUUGAUCCCCCCCCCCCCUUUUGGUUGACUCCUUAUGGAAAGGUGAAGAAUUCAAGAUUUCUAACCUACUGCUCUUGAUUUCUUUUAGGCCAGCUGGGUAUUUGGCAUUUGCAAGGAUAAUUUCCUCACUUUUUUCCCCCCUCCGUCCUCCAGCUCUAAGGGUGGAAAGCCCAGAAGCUCGGGAUCCUGAAUCCGACCGCCCCCGAGGAAGGGAGACCUCUCCGCUGGGCCCCCCCGGUUUGGGCCAAUUUCGCCCCAGGAAACAACUUUAGCAUGAUGUCGUAUCUCAAGCAACCGCCUUAUUCGGUCAACGGGCUGAGUCUCACCACUUCGGGCAUGGAUUUGCUUCACCCUUCGGUCGGCUACCCCGCCACCCCUCGGAAGCAGAGGCGGGAGCGGACCACCUUCACCCGGGCCCAGCUGGACGUGCUGGAGGCCCUCUUCGCCAAGACCCGCUACCCCGACAUCUUCAUGCGGGAGGAGGUGGCCCUCAAAAUCAACCUGCCGGAGUCCAGGGUGCAGGUCUGGUUCAAGAACCGUCGGGCCAAGUGUCGACAGCAGCAGCAGCAGCAGCAACAGCAGCAGCAGAACGGGGGCCCCAACAAGGUGCGGCCCGCCAAGAAGAAGAGCUCCCCGGCCCGGGACGGCACCGCCGACACCGGGCCCGCCGGCCAGUUCACGCCCCCGGCCACCACGGCCCUGCCCGCCCUGCCCAGCGGAGGAGGAGGAGGAGGCGGCGGAGGAGGAGGAGGAGGGAGCGGAGGAGGAGGAGGAGGAGGAGGAGGAGGGGGUGGCGCCCCCGUGUCCAUCUGGAGCCCGGCCUCCAUCUCCCCCCUGUCCGACCCCCUGUCCACCUCCUCGUCCUGCAUGCAGCGCUCCUACCCCAUGACCUACACGCAGGCCUCGGGCUACGGCCAGGGCUACGCCGGCUCCGCGUCCUACUUCGGGGGCAUGGACUGCGGCUCCUACCUGAGCCCCCUGCCCCACCAGCUGCCCGGCCCGGGGGCCACCGCGCUCAGCCCCAUGGCCACCAACGCCGUGGCCGGUCACCUCAACCAGCCGCCGGCCCCUCUGUCCGCCCAGGGCUACGGAGCCUCGACUUUGGGCUUCAACUCCCCCGCCGAUUGCUUGGAUUAUAAGGACCAGACGGCCUCCUGGAAGCUAAACUUCAACGCUGACUGCUUGGAUUAUAAAGAUCAGACGUCCUCCUGGAAGUUCCAGGUUUUGUGAAGACCCUCCGGGGGUGAUCUGAAACGAAAAACACACACACACACACACACACAGAGAAAAAAUUACACACCCCAACACACACACACACACAUACACAAAAGCGAAACACGAACAGAAACCCACUGGGACGAUACCCGGCCUGGUAGGCCUAGGCCUCGGUGAAAAAGGAAGAGACCAGGGGGGGGGUGGUCGGGGGGGG